GGGGGGGGGAAUCUCGACGAUUCGACGACGACUGGGCCUUGAGGACUGACAUUGAUCCGAGUUGAGAGUGAGACGAGGAGACGAGACGAAACAUGACAGCUUCACGUCGGCGCUCCCGUAAUGCUAGCGCAAAGUAUCAAGCUCUGCUGUCUUUUUUCCCUUUUUGUUAUUAUUUUCACAUGUUCUUGGCGAAAGCAUGCCGCUUGGCAGGCUACUAAGCGACCCGCGAGCUAGAGGAGCAGCACUUGUCAGCUGUCUGCCCGCGUCAUGCUCUUGUCAUGCCGCCUUUAUGGGAAGAGUAUUGGGUGAUAAGAACUGUACUACGUAUGUCAUAUUGUGCCCACCAGGUUGUUCCGUGGAUGCUGCUGAAGACUGCGACAUGGAGUCUGCAGGACGGAAAGCGGGGGAGGGAUUCCUCCUCUCCCAGCCUCACCUCCAGCUAUGUACGUACGUAUGUAGCAUUUUGGUGACCGAGAUGGGGGAGGCGCUGAUCGUGCAGUGCUGGCCAUGUGCCAGCGGCAUACGCCAGCCCUCCUUGGCGAUAUGCUUGUUUCCGGUGUGUGUGGAGGUGGAGACGAGGGACUGUUGGACCUUGGAACUUGAGCCCAGCUGCUCCCGCUUCGUCGUCAGCGAGGAGGAGAGGAGACUGAGCAGGAGGGGACCUGCUAGGCUCCCUAGGCGCUUCGGCUUUGCCGACAAUUGAACGGCUUGAGAUAGGGACUUGAAUCAAGCAUAGAUAGGACAGACUCAAUGCUCAAUGAGUGCAUGUGCUUCCAGCACGCAAGGGCAAGCAAGCCAUUGCUCGUGCUCGCAGGACGAUCUCGGCAAGGCUGCU